AUGGCAACAACCACCAGAAAACCCCGCAGAAAAUUUGACAGAGACAACCAAGGGCUGGAUAUCCAGCCAGAUGUUCCAGGGCCCCCUUUCCAGACACUUAACCUGCAGGAAAAUCAGUUGUGCUACUCCACACCUACAUGUCCACAUUUUACAUUGAGAGGUUAUGAAAAGCUUCCCCCUGGAGAUGAAGGAGCUCUGAUGGAAGCUGUGGCAACCGUGGGGCCAUUGUCUGUGGCGAUGCACGCCACGCAGUCCUUCCGUUUCUAUCGAGGAGGACUCUUCCAUGAACCAAGUUGUGACCCGAAUCUUUUGAACCAUGCUGUGGUGUUGAUUGGAUAUGGAGAAGAAGAAUCCAACAAUAACUUUAUGGAAUUAGAAGAAAACUAUUAUAUUUUAGAUAAGUUAAAUGACCAAGACCAACUUGGAGGCAGGAAAUAUUGGAUUAUUAAAAACAGCUUUGGUGAGUCCUGGGGCGAAAAUGGCUACAUGCAUCUUGCAAGGACCGGGAACAACCACUGUGGUAUUGCAUCUGAUUCCAUCUAUCCUGUUCUGUAAGCUGAUGGAGAGAUCACUCCCUGGAUCUGUCUUCUGGGCCCAUAGAAGAAGAAAUUCUGUUAGCAUUCACCAGUGAGAUAAGACUCUAAUAUCCAAGAUCAAGUCUUGUCAGCCUAACAAAGUACUUUCACAACUGCUUCUUAUUGGUUUGCUACCAAUGUUGGAUCCAGGUGUGAGCUAUGCUAACAUUCUGUGUAAUAAAGCAAAUAUUUUAUUUUUUAUUUUUUGUUCAAUUUUUUGGGUGAGGCAAUUGCCCAGGGUCGCACAGCUAGGAAGUAUUACGUGUCUGAGGCUAGAUUUGAACACAGCUCCUUUCCACUCCAGGACCAGUGCUUCAACUACUGGGCAAUUCAGCUGCCCCUAAAACCCAUUUUUAAACAGCACUGGGGGUUUUCUUUCUCUCUGCAUUGCAGCUAAAAGGGUUGAUAUCCAGCAGAUGAAAAUCUUGAAAGUUCUUCUAAGAGAGAAAGCAAUAUAGCUAUAUUGAGCUUCAUUGUUUAUUAGAGCAUCUUAGCCAUGAGAGGACCACAACAUUCUCAGUGUUUCUAAAUGGAAGCCAGAAGAUUAGCAUCCCUGAGAUGUACCUGCUUACCAGUACUCCAAUACAAUUUGGUAUCAAGAGAGGAAGAUUCCUAUUCCAUAAUCCACAUGCAAGUACCAGCAAUCUUCUAUAUUUCAACCAGCCUCUUUCUUCAGGUCCAACUUGCCUAGUCUC